UAACUUCUAAUCUAACCCUUCUUCCUUCCGAUUCUAAUUUUGCCAGUCCACAACAUCGCCUCCAAGCCAAGUCCUUUAGUAACAAAUCGAAACAAGUUGUCGACGAUAGAUCCUCAUUUCAGGUCAAGCCUUUCACUAGAAGCAAAGAUAAAAAAUUAAUAAAGAAUGGGUCUAAAAUUAGUUUUAAAAAGAAAUAAAAUUGAUCAUUAUAUAAUAAAAGAGAAAAAAAUUUUGGGGAUCGCGGCCCUUGCUUCCCUUGUACCGCCGCCCCCGUUUUCACACCUAAAAACAGUCAAACUGCCUUUGUUUCCUCCUAGUUUCCGUCUCCGCCAAACCCUAACAAAUUUCUAUUUCUUCAUUAGCUAUUUUACCAAACCAAGGACUGUUGAAAAAGGUUGAAGAGAAAGUCAAGACCAUAAUUAUAAAGCCCUUUAAAAAGCCUAAAAAACCUUGUAAACCCCCCACCAAAAUCACUGUCUCCCUCAUCAUCUCCACCAAUGUCACCACCAAAAAACCAUCCUUUUCUCUUUCCCAAUGUACAAUCCUCAGUUCUCCCUGAUCCUUCUGUUUUCUUCUCCCCAAAUCUCCUCUCAACUCCUCUCCCUACAAACUCUUUCUUCCAAAACUUUACUCUCAAAAACGGCGACCAACCUGAAUACAUCCAUCCAUAUCUCAUCAAAUCAGCUGACUCUUCCCUUUCCAUCUCCUACCCUUCUCACGUCCACAACUCUUCCUUCGUAGGCCAAAUUUUUAUCUCUGAUCUAACCAUCUUUGCAACAGAUAAAACCAACCCAACUUCACAAAAAAACCAUAUAAUCUCUUCUUAUGGUGAUUUAAGUCUUACUUUAGAUUUCCCCUGUUCAAACCUCCGUUUCUUUCUUGUCCGAGGUAGUCCCUUUUUAACCUCUUCUGUAACAGGCAAUACUCCAAUAUCAAUCUCUACGGUUCAUGAAAUUGUCUCAUUUUGUUCAAAUAGUUCACUCACCAAGCAUACCAUUAAGCUUAACAACAAUCAAACUUGGCUUUUAUAUACAUCUUCAGCCAUCAGUUUGAAUCAAAGUCAUUCUUCGAUCGCUUCUGACGGGUUUUCGGGUAUUAUUCGGAUAGCUGUACUGCCAGAUUCUGAUCCAACAUAUGAGUCAAUCCUUGAUCAGUUCAGUUCAUGCUAUCCAAUCUCAGGUGAUGCGGUUUUAACUAAACCAUUUUGUUUAGAGUAUAAAUGGGAAAAGAAAGGGUGGGGGAAUUUGCUUAUGCUUGCACAUCCACUUCAUCUUAAUAUUUUAUCUAGUGACGAUUGUGAUGUUGAGGUUUUAGAGAAUUUUAAGUAUAAAAGUAUUGAUGGGGAGCUUGUUGGUAUUGUUGGUGAUUCAUGGGUGUUGAAACCACACCAAGUUUCAGUGACUUGGCAUUCUAUUAAAGGGGUGAAAGAAGAAUCAUAUCCUGAGAUUGUAACUGCUCUUUGUAAGGAUGUUGAGGCCUUGAAUUCAUCGGCUAUAACAACAACAUCAUCUUAUUUUUAUGGGAAAUUGGUAGCAAGAGCAGCAAGGUUGGCUUUGAUUGCUGAAGAAUUGUGUUUUCUUGAUGUGAUUCCAGCAAUAAGGAAGUUCUUGAAGGAUACAAUUGAGCCAUGGCUGGAUGGGACUUUUAAUGGAAAUGGUUUUUUGUAUGAUUCAAAAUGGGGUGGAAUUGUAACUAAACAAGGGUCAGCUGAUUCAGGGGCAGAUUUUGGUUUUGGAAUUUACAAUGAUCACCAUUAUCAUAUUGGUUACUUCCUUUAUGCAAUAGCUGUAUUGGCCAAGAUUGACCCGGUAUGGGGGAGGAGGUAUAAGCCCCAAGCUUAUUCACUUGUGGCAGAUUUUAUGAACUUAGGCAGACGAUCAAAUUCAAAUUAUCCACGUUUGAGGUGUUUUGAUCUGUAUAAACUGCAUUCUUGGGCUGGAGGGUUGACUGAAUUUGCAGAUGGAAGGAAUCAAGAAAGCACCAGUGAAGCGGUAAAUGCAUAUUAUUCUGCUGCAUUGAUGGGGUUAGCCUAUGGGGACACUCAUCUCAUUGCAACUGGAUCAACUCUUGCUGCAAUGGAGAUUCAAGGAGCACAAACGUGGUGGCAUGUAAAGGAGGGAGAUAAUCUGUAUGAAGAAGAAUUCACGGCAGAGAACAGAGUGGUAGGAGUUUUGUGGGCUAACAAGAGGGACAGUGGCCUUUGGUUUGCUCCUCCUGACUGGAGAGAGUGCAGACUUGGAAUUCAGUUUCUACCCAUAUUGCCUAUCAGUGAGGUUUUGUUCUCUGAUAUUGGCUUUACUAGAGAGCUUGUAAACUGGACAUUACCAGCAUUGCGAAGGGAAGGAGUAGGAGAGGGAUGGAAAGGGUUUGUCUAUGCCUUGGAAGCAAUUUAUGACAAAGAGAGUGCUUUGGAAAAGAUAAGAAAUCUGAAUGGUUUUGAUGAUGGGAAUUCACUUACUAAUCUGUUGUGGUGGGUUCACAGUAGGGGGGAUGAACAUGAAAAUGAAUAUGGUGUAGAGGGGAAAUAUUGCUGGUUUACUCACUACUGUGAUUGAUUUUGUUUGUCUUUUAUUGGAGAGUGUUGAAUAAAUCAUCAUGAAAUAUUGCUGGAACCAGGAAUUGAGAGAGGAACUUCUACUUGCUGGAAUCGGUUCUGCCAUUUUCAUGACUGUGUUACUUAAUGCUAUGUAACAUGCUUGCUAUAUCCUAUAUAUAUAAACUUCCAAAGUUAAAUGGAUUUAUUUUGUAAUUCUUAAUUUGAAUCCUGAUGUUUAUUUAGCUGAACUUUAAUUUCCUUCUGAUCAAUGGUUUUUCUCAGCCGGAGGAAAGAAAUCCUAAUACAUUCAGCAGAAAAGAAACAAAAAGAAAAUUUGUAGACGAAGAACCCUCUAAUGCUCCUCAGGACACUGUUGAUUGGUGAGCAUUACUUGAAAGAGACACGUUAGAAGCCUCUGUAAGUCUGUAACUAAAUGGUUAAGAGCCAGAUUUGCACGUUGGUGGUUGCAAAUUUUAAUGUUCAAAUAAGCAGUUAAUGGUGGCAUGGACCAGAAUUAUAUUUCAGAUUCCAGAGAAAUUAGAACAAAACUUUUUUUGCCUUACAGAUUAGAAUAAAUGCUGGAACAAGCGUCCCUUGCUACUUAAUACUUCUUAAACACCGUAGGAACAAGGAUGCUAACAACCCAUUCCGUACACAAAAAAACACUUGAGAAA